GAAAUUAUUUCCCAGAGCCGGGAUUAGUGGGAGCUGCGAGUGCUGCAGCGGUAGUCGUCGCUCUUGGCACCACGGACACCUCAGAGAAUCAGCCCAGACACUCCGACAGGGAAGAUGGAACAUGGUGCCCCAAAGCAUGUCAUCCAGAUGACAGGAUUUAAGAUGGAAGAAAAGGAAGCUUUAGGCAAAUUGCUUUUAAAGCUAGAUUGUACUUUUAUUAAGAGUGAGAAGUACAAAAAUUGUACACAUCUUAUAGCCGAACGCCUGUGUAAGAGUGAAAAAUUUUUAGCAGCUUGUGCAGCAGGAAAGUGGGUACUAACUAAGGACUACAUAAUUCAUAGUGCUCAAAGUGGCAGAUGGCUUGAUGAAACAACUUAUGAAUGGGGAUAUAAAAUUGAAAAAGACUCCCAUUAUUCAACGCAAAUGCAAUCUGCACCUAAAAGAUGGCGUGAAGAACUGAAACGCACUGGUGCGCCAGGAGCCUUCCACAGGUGGAAAGUUGUACUCCUUGUUAGAGCUGAUAAACGAAGUGAUUCACUUGUGAGAGUUUUAGAGGCUGGAAAGGCAAAUGUUAUUUUACCGAAAAGUUCACCAAGUGUAAUAACUCAUGUGAUUGCCAGUAAUGCAAGAAUCAAGGCUGAGAAAGAAAAAGAUGACUUUAAGGGUCCAUUUUAUCCAAUUCAGUAUCUAGGGGAUUUUCUUUUAGAGGUAAAAAUUCAAAUUAAUGCAGAUUCCCAAACCAAUUCUGUUUGUACUAAACAUAGCAAUCAAGAAGAAAACAAAGAUUUUAAGAAAGAUGUAAGAUUUGUUGAAAUGAAAGGUGCCUUAAGAGAGACCAUGUAUAGAACUCAGAAAGAAAUACAAAAUCAGGAUGAAGAUGUUAAUAUUAGUUCUGUUUCGACUGAACAUCACAAAAACGAAAAAUUCAGAGAUUCCAGUAAAGAUUUGAAAUUUGUUAAAUUGAGAAAUACCUCAAGAAUGCAAAUAUAUGGAAAUCAGAAGGAAAUUACGAAGAAUGAUGAAGACAUUCAACGAAGUUAUACUUUGAGGAAAAAAUGUAAAAAAGAAAGAGAGAGAGAUUCCAGGAAAGACAUCCAACAUAACAAAACCAGAAGUACCUUAAGAAAGCACAUUUAUAGAGAUCAGAAAGAAAUGAAGAAUUCAGUUUUCGCUGAUCAUAUCAAAGAUGCAAAAACCAAGGAUAUCAGGGCAGAUGUGGAAACUGUUGAAAUAAGAAAUGCCUUAAGGAAGCAUAUAUAUAGAGCUCAGGCUGUCAGAUACAACUGCAUUAGAAUAGAUAAACAACCACUAUACAAUGUAGAGGUUAAAAAUGCUGAAUUUCCCAGAGGUGUAUUAAAUUUAAUUGAAAGUCUCAUAGAGGGACAGUUUUUCAACGAAGCAAUUGAGGAACUUUCCUCUUUGCAAGCACAUUAUAUCCCUCCUGUAUGUCUUCUUCAUGCUAUUCUAGAGAACAUUCUACAGGAUAACAUAGCUGAAUUUUCUGGUCGAUACUUUCAUAUAUUGUCAGCUCUUCUUCAUCUGCAUCCUCCUUGGAAGUCCCCAGCCAUGUCAAGAUAUUACUUAGAGUUGUUUCAGUGUCCGUCUUGUAUGAAAGGAGCAUGGUCUCUAGUAGAAGUGCUUAUCAGGUCUUGCCUUUUCAAUGAAAAUUUUUGUCACCAAAUUUCAGAAAAUGCUAUUGGCUCUAAGAUGCUCUACCUGAGACUGCUCAAAUUUUUCUUUAAUUUAGUUGAAAAUGAAGUACGACAUUUGAGCCAAGGGUUGUAUGACUGGUCGGACUCUCAAAGUAUGAAAAUUACAGGAAAGGCAGUUCUUCUUGAAAUCUUUUGGUUAGGAAGUGAGACCUCUGCCCUUUUGACCAAACCAGUAAAUAUGCUUUUGGAGUGGACUAUAUAUUCUCACAAGGAAAAGUACAAGUCUAAUGACGUCUUCAAACAUGAACUAGCUUACUUAUUGACUGGAAUUCUUGGAGCAGCGAUAGAUUAUUGGAUUGUCCUUGGUCUUAAAAUGGGUAGAAAUAUCAUGCAACACAUGUCUAAUGACUUAGGAAGUUAUGUUUCCCUUUCAUGUGAUGACUUUUCUUCACAGGAAUUAGAGAUUUUCAUUUGUUCAUUUUCCUCCUCUUGGCUUCAAAUGUUUGUUGCAGAGGCAGUCUUUAAAAAGUUGUGUUUACAGAGUUCUAUCAGUAUUCCUUCUGAGCCACUCUCUCUUCAGAAAAUGGUUUAUUCCUAUUUGCCAGCUUUGGGGAAAACUGGUGUACAUGGGGUUGGAAAGAUGCACAUACCGAAGAAAACAGGACAGCGGCCUUGCCUUGAAUCUCAGCGGACCUUACUAAUGCUGAAUGGUGCUAAACAGAAGCAAGUUGAAGGACUGCCAGAGUUACCAGAGCUGAACCUUGCUAAAUGUUCCUCAUCAUUAAAAAGAUUGAAAAAGAAGUCAGAAGGAGAAUUGUCAUGUUCCAAGGAGAAUUACCCCUCUUUAGUUACAAAGCUGAAUUUUCACAAGACUAAUCUGAAAGGAGAAACAGCCCUGCAUAGAGCUUGCAUAGCUAACCAAGUGGAGAAAUUGAUUCUUCUUCUCUCUUUGCCAGGAAUAGACAUCAAUGUUAAAGACAAUGCUGGCUGGACGCCUUUGCAUGAAGCCUGUAACUAUGGCAACACAGUGUGUGUCCAGGAAAUUUUGCAGCGUUGUCCAGAGGUAGAUCUGCUCACUCAAGUGGACGGGGUGACUCCUUUGCAUGAUGCACUGUUAAACGGACAUGUAGAAAUUGGCAAGCUGCUACUCCAGCAUGGGGGACCAGUGCUUUUACAGCAGAGGAACUCUAUGGGUGAAUUACCCUUGGAUUAUGUGGCAUCACCUCAAAUCAAGGAAGAACUAUUUGCUAUUACAGAAAUAGAAGAUACAAUGGAGAACUUUCAUGCACAAACUGAGAAACAUUUUCACCACCAGCAACUUGAAUUUGGUUCAUUUUUACUUUGUAGGAUGUUGCUAAAUUUUUGUUCAAUUUUUGAUUUGUCUUCUGAGUUCCUCUUAGCUUUUAAAGGAUUAACUCAUCUAAAUGAACUGCUUAUGCCUUCUAAGAGUUACAAAGAAACCACCAGUACUCAUACAGACUGGUUAUUGGAUCUUUAUGCUAGAAAUAUAAAGACAUUACAGAAGCUCCCAAAUAUUCUUAAGGAACUGCCUGAGAAUUUGAAAGUGUGUCCUGGAGUACACACAGAGGCCUUAUUGGUGACUUUGGAAAUGAUGUGUCGGUCAGUCACAGAAUUUUCAGAAGGGUGCCCAAAACUAUGAGUCAACUUUCUAAACCUGUUUAACUUGCCUUGUUAUUUAUUAUGGAGUUUAUAGCUUAUUAACAAAUAUGAAUUUGUUUUAUUUAUGGACAGACUUUGAAGCCUUACUUACAUUUUAAAAGCACUGAAGGAACUUCUACAGAACUAUAGAAUGGGGCUUCUGACUUUUUUCCAGUGUGUAGAAUUUGAUUCAAAAGUAAAAAUGGUUUUGUUUGACAUAGACUGCUUUCACUAAUCUUUAAGUUUCUGUUCUGAAAUUAAUAUUAUUUAUAUUGUACAUGUAAAAAAUUUUAAUUUAAAUAUUUUUUCAAAUCAGAAUGUAAUGUCCUCUAUUUUAGGUGUUACAGGUCUUGAAUCAUGGCAAGGAUAUUCAUGCAAAUGUAUACCAACAAAUGUGUGGUUCUGUUUCUUCUCUAUGGGUUGUUAGACUAACAUGCUCAUUUUAGUUUUGUAUGUUUCUAAAAUAAACAUUUCUAAAGUUUAUAAUAAUUAAUAUUAUUGGUUUUUAAAUGCAGUGAAUGUGCAAAUAUCUGACAAUUUAAUCCCUUGAUCUGUUUAUUUUAGCUUUUCAUAUACACAGUAUUUUACCUACUCCAUGUAGCCAAUAUUCUGUAAGUGAAAACAUUCUGCUGCAUGAAAGUUUUAUUAAAUACUAAGAAUAUAAGUGGCAACUAAGUAAUAGAUUUGAGAUUAUCUAAAAUCCUUAUUGCAGUAUGAAUUUACAGAGUAGUAACAUUUCAAUUUGCAGUUUGUUCUUAAUAGCAAUUUAUAGUAAAACUAAAAGAAAGGGUGUGGAUAAUGACCACUUUUGAAAUUGGAGUUGUUUCACCAGUGGGAAUAAGUUACAUUGUGAUGCAGCUGGAAGAGAAACAUUAAAACUUCCAUUUAGCUUUUAUGUAACUAAAAUGAUGAUCUUAACAGCAACUAAUCUGCUAAAGAAGCAUACUUUAGUUUUAUCUUAGAAACAGAUCUUUUAACAAGAUACAAAUGCUCAGUGUUUUAUUACUUGGUUCAUAAUGUGAAUUGAAAAGUGCUACAUUAAUUUAUCAGCUCUGCAUAAAAAAAAUCAAAGUUUUCUGCUAUAUUUUAAGAUCAGUACUUUUUUACACAUACUGUAAGAAAUAUUGGUUGUUGCUGUUUAUCCUUCAAAUUUGAUAUCAUUCAAAUCCCUUUUUAAUAUUUACUUAAUCUGCCAAAGUAUCAAAGAAAACAUGUAGUAGAGACUAAGGGACAUUAAAAUAUUCCAUAGGGAGUAAAAUGCUUCCCCAGAUCGUGAAUAAGAACAUUUAUAUUCCAAGGAGUAGCCACUUUAUAUGACUUGUAAAGGCAUCUGAGAUAGUCAUUGCUUGGUAAACUAAUACCAACUUAAAAAAAACAUAGGCAUUGACUUUAAGAUAGACACAGUUUCACAUCCUUGCGUAGUUUGUUAUUAACUAAGUUCCUUGCUGAGCUUUGAUUUUCUUACCAGUCAAAUGGAAAUGACACCAGAUAUCCUUGUCAUGAUAGAAUUUAGUUAGCCUAUCACCUUAUGUGGUACUUAAUUAAUGUUACUUUCUUUCUACUUCUUCCCUCAUUUUGGUUGUAGUGAAUUAUGAGUAUUUAUCUUGCCUUUUGCUGAAAUUGUUACUAAUCACUGAAGUUGGUAGUAAUUUCAAUUUAAUGAAGUAAUCAUAUCAUGAGUUAGGUUUUUAUAAGAAACACUGCUUUUUAGUUGCAAUUAGUAUUAAUAUUUUGUAACUGGCUGUUCUAUCAACUUCUAUAAGUCAUGAUGACAUAAAUUUUGAAACACAUAAAUGCCAUUGAGGUCUCUGUAGGAAGUUAUCAUUGCACAGUUUUGUUCUUUUUCAAGUCUGAUUUGGCAAACAUGGUCUGUGGCCUGGUUAAUAAUACCAGUAAAUGUAUAUGGAUUUAAACUUGUAACAAAAAACUUCAUUUCUAAUAUUACUUAUGUUUAUUUUAGAAAAUAUAGUAAUUGCUCAAAUCUAUCUUAGAAGUAAAGGAGGUAGAAAUUCUAAAUAAAUACAGUAAAAUCCAUGGUCUAUCUGAGACCUGGCAUUUUAGUUGUAGACUUCUAUAAGUCACAGCUGAAGACAAGGUUGAGUAAUGCUAUUCUUCAUUGUACUCUGUCAGAUUUGAUAUCAUAGUUCCAUGGAAUUGUUUUUAAAAAAAAAAAAGGACCCUUAUUAGAAUGUAAAUAAAGCCUAGAAGGA